AAAUGAACGCCGACGAUGUAGGCGCCUGCUGGGGUUACGAGUACACGCGCUUAGCUGUGUAAACGCCUUGUUCACAGCCUGCCGCAUCAACACGUGCUCCACCGCCCACACAGGGCUCCUACUACAUUCGUGUCUUGCAACAUACUUCUUACUUUCCAGAAUCUAGAUGAAUAUCCGAAGAGCAGAGCCCAAGGAUCUCACCAAAAUACAGCAAUGUAACUUGCACAAUCUCCCUGAAAACUACCACAUGAGAUAUUGGGCAUAUUCCUUCAUAACAUGGCCAGAAGUUUCGUAUCUCGCAGAGGAUAGCAGUGGGCGCGUAGUGGGUUAUGUGCUUUCGUCGAUAGAGCCAGACGAAGAAUUCCCUUGGUUGCAAGUUGGUCAUGUCAACUCUCUAUCCGUACUUCGAACAUACCGUAGGCUGGGUCUCGCGAAACGAUUAAUGAUGCUUUCGAGAAAAGCUAUGACCGAUUCGUACAACAUAGAGUACAUUCAGCUCCAUGUACGCAAGUCCAAUCGAGCUGCCUUCAAUCUGUAUAGCCAGAAACUUGGCUUCGAAAUUCACAGGAAAGAGGUGGGAUACUAUGGUGACGGUGAAGAUGCAUUCUCAAUGAGGAUUGUUCUAAAACCACGGAGCCUCUCCCAUCGACUUGGUCGCAGAGUCCAUGCGUUUUUGUAUGCUCGGCAACGGGCAGUCGCAAACUGGUCUUUGAGAUGUACGAAACGAGCGAGCCAGAUAAGGUGAAGAUACCAAUUUUCUUGUCCAAUUACACGCCUGUGUAUACAUACUAUCGCCUCCGUAUAUCCACUUUUAAUUCUAUUUCGAUUGGGACAUGUGGAGAC